AUGCGCGUGAAGACAGCUGUCUGUGUCGCUGGCUGCGCUUUUGCUGAGAUAGCGGCGCGCGCCGCAAGUGCUGGAGCCAUGUGCAGCAGCCUGAACGGUCCUUUCUGUGCGUAUUUCGGCUACGAGAACGCUCGGGCGCCGCUCUACGCACGGCAGAAUCUCGCUGGAGACGAUCAGGAGAUGAAGACACUCGAGACGGACAAGAGCGUGAAGAUCCAGCACGUGCUGAAGGAGUUCGCGACGCAAGCGACAGCGGAUGGAAGCACAGACGAGGCGAGUGCAGUCGCGCGUGAUCCUCUCGCCGAGGUCGAGGGGGGCCUCAUGUUAUUUGAAAAGAUAAUGGGCGAGACGCUGUACACGAUGCUGCUGGGCAUGGACGACGACGAGUCGAGUCGUGCUUCCGACGGUGUGAUUGAGCUGCUCGAAAGUCUCGACGGCGACGCGCUCAAGGGAGUGUUUGUGAUUGCGCUCGACGUGCUGGUAGCCGAAGCGACCGCGACGUUGUCCGAGAAGGCACCUACUGCAACGGACAAUGUGCGCGUGACGGCACAGGAGCUCAAGGAAGUAAAGGGUUACGCAACGUAUACGCUCUCGAAGCUGACGGCCACGCAGAUUGAGGGCAUCCGCUACAAGUUUGACAGUCGUCCUUUUGCCAUGAUGCAGGUUGCGUUUCAGCUGCUCGUGAUUGCUGGCGACGCGAGGGGGCGGCUAUUGGCGAUUGAAACCACGAUUCUAGUGCUCCAGCUCGCUCAAGAAGCUGCCACGAAGGCCAAGAGAUUGUCGGGAAACGACGUUGCGGACGCAGGUGCAACGCGUGCUGUCGUUUGA